UGAAAUGAAAUGAGUAUUCUAUAAAAUAAAAUUCUCAUCUUGGAAGGCAGAAAAUAAAACUCAUUAGGAUCAUAGCAUGCAAUCAGGGAAAGGAAGAAGUUCGUUUCAAUCGUGCUCAGUCCAAGAAGCAUUGAGGUUGCUUUAGAAGGGGAAUACCUGUGUGAGUCACGGUUACCAAAGAAGAGGACGACCAAAAUUUGGGACACAAGGUGUCUUUAAUAACCAUGAGCAACCCUUUUGUACAGAUUGUGGAGCCACUAGAUGCUACACAGCCUCAGAAGAAGUUCUUUAAUCUGAGCAAAUUGGAAGACGUGAGAUAUGCACGCCUUCCAUUUUCUAUUCGAGUCCUCUUGGAAGCAGCAAUCCGAAACUGUGACGAGUUCCUAGUGAAGAAGCAAGAUGUUGAGAAUAUUCUCAACUGGAAAGUGGUGCAACACAAGAAUGUUGAAGUGCCAUUUAAGCCUGCUCGAGUUAUUCUGCAAGAUUUCACUGGGGUACCUGCUGUUGUUGACUUUGCUGCAAUGCGUGAUGCUGUGAAGAAACUUGGUGGGGACCCUGAAAAAAUCAAUCCUAUCUGUCCUGCUGAUCUAGUGAUAGAUCACUCCAUCCAGGUUGAUUUUAACAGGCGAUCAGACAGCUUGCAAAAGAAUCAGGAUUUGGAAUUUGAAAGGAACAAAGAAAGGUUUGAGUUCUUAAAGUGGGGCUCUCAGGCUUUUAAAAACAUGAGGAUUAUUCCACCAGGCUCCGGGAUCAUCCACCAAGUGAACCUGGAAUACUUAGCAAGAGUGGUGAUGGAUCAGGAUGGCUACUACUAUCCCGACAGCGUGGUGGGCACUGACUCACACACCACCAUGGUAGAUGGCUUGGGAGUGCUUGGCUGGGGUGUUGGUGGCAUUGAAGCAGAAGCAGUGAUGUUGGGCCAGCCGAUCAGCAUGGUGCUUCCAGAAGUGGUUGGCUAUAAGCUGCUAGGAAACCCUCAGCCCCUGGUAACAUCCACUGACAUAGUGCUCACCAUUACCAAGCACCUUCGCCAAGUUGGAGUUGUGGGUAAAUUUGUGGAGUUUUUUGGUCCUGGUGUAGCCCAGCUGUCAAUUGCUGACCGAGCCACCAUUGCCAAUAUGUGUCCAGAGUAUGGGGCAACAGCUGCCUAUUUCCCAGUGGAUGAUAUCAGCAUUGGAUACCUGGUGCAAACAGGCCGUGAUAAAGAGAAAGUUCUGUGCACCAAAAAGUAUCUUGAGGCUGUGGGAAUGCUGAGAGAUUUCAAGAACUCCUCUCAGGAUCCAGACUUCACACAGGUUGUUGAGUUGGAUCUUCAUACUGUUGUGCCUUGCUGCAGCGGACCAAAAAGACCCCAGGACAAAGUUGCUGUGUCAGAUAUGAAGAAGGACUUUGAGACUUGUCUGGGAGCAAAGCAAGGAUUCAAGGGAUUCCAGAUUGCCCCAGAUCGACACAACAGCAUAGUCAAAUUUAACUUUGAGGGCUGUGACUUCGAGCUGUCUCAUGGUUCAGUAGUGAUUGCUGCCAUUACAAGCUGUACUAAUACCAGUAACCCCUCAGUCAUGUUGGGAGCAGGAUUGCUUGCCAAGAAAGCUGUUGAAGCUGGUUUGACAGUGAAGCCUUACAUCAAAACUAGCCUGUCCCCAGGAAGUGGCGUUGUCACUUACUAUCUGAGAGAGAGUGGAGUCAUGAGUUACCUUUCUCAGCUGGGGUUUGAUGUCGUGGGUUAUGGCUGUAUGACUUGUAUUGGCAAUAGCGGACCCCUGCCAGACUCCGUUGUUGAAGCCAUCUUACAGGGAGACCUCGUAGCAGUGGGUGUUUUGUCUGGCAACAGGAACUUUGAAGGGCGUGUGCAUCCCAACACCCGUGCUAACUACCUAGCCUCCCCACUGCUGGUCAUAGCCUACGCAAUUGCAGGGACUGUCCGGAUUGACUUUGAGAAAGAGCCUUUGGGAAUAAAUGCUUCAGGGAAGAAGAUUUUCCUGCAAGACAUCUGGCCAACACGAAAUGAGAUACAGGCUGUUGAGCGUCAGUUUGUUAUUCCUGGGAUGUUCAAGGAGGUCUACCAAAAAAUAGAGACAGUAAAUGAAUCUUGGAAUGCCUUAGAUGCUCCCUCUGACAAGCUGUAUACUUGGAAUCCAAAGUCAACAUACAUCAAGUCUCCGCCUUUCUUUGAUGGUCUGACUUUGGCUCUGCAGACGCCCAAAACUAUAGAAGAUGCUUAUGUCCUGUUGAAUUUUGGAGAUUCUGUGACAACGGACCACAUAUCUCCAGCUGGGAAUAUAGCAAGGAAUAGUCCUGCAGCCCGUUAUUUGACCAGCAGAGGCUUGACUCCUCGAGAGUUCAAUUCCUAUGGUUCUCGCAGAGGGAAUGAUGCUGUUAUGGCCAGAGGAACAUUUGCUAACAUUCGUCUGGUGAACAAAUUUAUUGAUAAACAGGGACCUCAGACUGUCCAUUUCCCUUCAGGAGAAACACUGGAUGUGUUCGAUGCUGCAGAAAGAUACAAGCAGGCUGGCCAUCCUUUGAUUGUGCUGGCUGGGAAGGAAUAUGGUGCAGGAAGCUCAAGAGACUGGGCGGCCAAAGGGCCGUUCCUCUUGGGCGUCAAGGCUGUGCUUGCUGAAAGCUAUGAGAGGAUUCAUCGGAGCAAUCUUGUGGGGAUGGGAGUGAUUCCUCUGCAGUAUUUACCUGGGGAGGAUGCAAGGACUUUAGGACUCACUGGAAGAGAACGUUACACGAUUAUAAUUCCUGAAAGUCUAAAACCACAGAUGAAUAUCGAGAUCAAGCUGGAUACUGGGAAAACCUUUCAUGCCAUCAUGAGGUUUGACACGGACGUGGAGCUCACUUACUUCCACAAUGGAGGCAUUCUGAACUACAUGAUUCGUAAAAUGGCGUCUUAAUCAAAAAUGCUGGGCGCAGGCCUGCUUCUGGUGAGCACGGCAAAACUAAUCAGUAACAAUGAAGUGAGAAGAGCGAACCGUACAGUGAACAGCGGCAUCUUGGAUUUGAUUUGUUCUUUUAAACAAGCCUUUUGAAAGGCUUGUUGACCAUGCUGAAUGAUUCUGUGCAUCAGGAAACUUGUCACUUUUGCCCAUUAAAGAAGACAACUUUUCAUUAGUUUUGAAUGGCGACUGAAAAUUGUAGUUGGCUUGACUUACCCUAGAACAUGGUGCAAAGGUCAUUAAAAUGCUGACAGAAUCUGUGGAACUAUUGAAGAUCAUAUGCUGGUUUUAUGUAUUUGGUCCAUUUCCUUUGACUGCUAAGUUCAGUUCUGCGUUAUAUUUAGUGGUCCAAAAACUAACCGACGGCAUACAUCUAAUUUUUAUUCCUUCCUGAUUAUCUGAUAUUGACUUCCUUUCUUAUUCAGCUGACCAGAUUCUGAAUCUAAUACUGAAAUUAAUCAUCUAGCUGUUUAUUAAUUCAAAAGAAGAUGUGAACUCUGUUCCUUUAAAAUCUAAGCCUUUGUGGAAAGGUGGACCUAUGGGGAUAAUAUUUCUAAUGGAUAAAAUUAAACUUAUUUUCAAAGA